ACAUGGGCCAAACAGGGGAACGCACCAUCGACUGAUCUCGUUCACCACAGGACUGAUUUUAAGUCUUCGUUGAACCUUCCAGAAAUGUUCUUGGACUGUGGAUAUCAGAAGUACCCGACUAGAACAUGCAGACUCCACUCAGGAAUACCCGAGAUUCAGACUCAGUCCCUUGCCAAUCUGGACCUAGAUGAUGGUUCGUGCCAGCACUGAAUGGGAGCUGAACCCAAGCUGCCUGCCCCAUCAUCAGUCUACUGUACCGCAACACCAUCCGUGACUGCCCUUCAGGAUUCCCAUAGCAACAAAGAGGAAAGCUUUAAUCCCAAUCAAAAUGUCCAACAGGGUGUGUGACAUAGAGCAAACUGCGGAGUGCGCCGUUGUAUUCUCAGCUCAGACUCCUGGUGUUGCAGCCAUCACCCGUGAUGUGACGCUACUCCAGCCCACCCGUGGCCUGCUACAAACUAUCCGCGCCGCUUUCACCCCCGACUCCCUGGAGAGGCUUUACCAGAGUUACUUGCGGCGGCGGAAGCAGCAGAACAUGCUGAUGCUGAUGACAUUCGCCGCUCUCUUCAACAGCUUUGUCGUCAUCAUGUGCGCCGUUGCGUACGCCAAGCACAAGAGGGGCAUGGUGGUCGUGGCAGUCGUAGGGCUGGCCGCAGACUUGGUCUUCCACGAGCUGUACCGCCGGCAGAAGCUACCCGGCUCAGCGGUAUGGCGAGGGGCCGUGCCGUACGUCCUGUGGCUGAUGGUCACCGUCCACGUGCUGUGCUAUACGGGGCUCAACUUCCAGCAUGUCUCUCAAGCCAGCGACUCGGUGGGCUGGCAGGCUUUCUUCAGCUUCUCCGCCUUCCUGACUCUGCCCCUCAACCUGGCGGCCCUGCUCCUGCUCUCGGGCCUCUCCUGCGGUAUCCACAUCCUGCUGCUGGGACUGACUGUGGCUCAGAGGUUUGAGGACAACGCGCAAGGGCCGAUGCUGGUCAGGCAGCUCGCGGCCAACGUGAUGCUGUACCUGUGUGCGGCCUCAGUGGGGGUGAUGUCAUACUACAUGUCCGACAGGAAGUACAGGACGGCCUUUCUGGAGGCACAUCAAUCCCUGGAGGUUAAACUCACACUAGAGGAGCAGAGCGCCCAGCAAGAGGAGUUAUUGUUGUCCAUCCUGCCCAAACACAUUGCGGAUGAGAUGCUGCAGGGUUUAAAGAAUCAGGCCAAUGAGAACCAAGUCCAGCAACAGCAGGAGCAACAGCCGCAACAAUUUAACACCAUGUACAUGUACCGUCAUGAGCACGUCAGCAUCCUGUUUGCCGACAUCGUGGGCUUCACCCAGUUGUCUUCCAGCUGCAGCGCUCAGGAGCUCGUCAAGCUGCUCAACGAGCUCUUCGCUCGCUUCGACAAACUGGCCGAACGACACCAUCAACUGCGAAUUAAAAUCCUGGGUGACUGCUACUACUGCAUCUGCGGUCUUCCCGACUUCCGAGAGGACCAUGCCGCCUGCUCCAUCAUGAUGGGACUAUCCAUGGUAGAAGCCAUCUCUUAUGUGCGAGAGAAAACCAAAACGGAGGUGGACAUGCGAGUGGGCGUGCACACGGGUACCGUGUUGGGAGGAGUGCUGGGCCAGAAACGCUGGCAGUUCGACGUUUGGUCCACAGAUGUUACCGUCGCCAAUAAGAUGGAGUCCGGGGGCAUUCCUGGUCGAGUACACAUUUCCCAGAGCACCAAGGAAUGUCUCCACGGGGAAUUUGAACUGGAGCCAGGAAACGGUGGCGAGAGGUGUGAGUACUUAUUGGAGAAAGGCAUCAAAACAUACUUGGUUCUGGUUCCUGAAAACAAGGCGGAUGAACUCAGUCGAAAAAAAUCCAGUGUUGUGCUAACCAGAAAGUCUCGGCAGUUGAUAAACACCACAUCAAACGGGAACAUGCCCUCGUCAUCUCUGGUCUCUGAGUUUCAUCAGGAGAGGUGCCGCUUGGUUGGAGAGCAAGUGAUCAACACGCGACUCCAGCGGGAGCUCCUGGAGAGAGAAACACAACAAAUAUUAAAGAACCGGAUCCAUCCUGUCUCGCUGCGCUUUGUGGACGGCAAACUGGAGGCGCGCUACUCCUCUGAGAAGGAGAAGCGCAGCGGCGCGGCCUUCUGCUGCUGCGCCAUCGUGCUGCUCUUCAUUACCGCCGUGGAAGUCUUCAUCGACCCGCUACUGGUGGCGAACUACGUGACUCUCGCAAUAGGAGAAGUUCUGUUGCUCAUUCUCACUGUGUGCUCCCUGGCUGCCGUCUUCCCCAAGUUUUUUUCCAAGAAGCUGGUGUCCUUCUCUUUGUGGAUCGACCGCACACGCUGGGCAAGAAACACAUGGGCAAUGGCGGCCAUAUUUGUCCUCACCAUGGCUGUGAUCGCUGUUAUGCUCAGCUGCGUUCCACCGCACUUGCGGCUCAUCAACGGCACGUCGGACGUGGCGCUGGACGCCCUGGGCGAAUGUGCCGAGAACCCGAAACACUACAGCUUCAUGGCCGUGAUGUCGCUGAUGGCCGCCGCCAUGCUGGUGCAGGUCAGCCACCUGAUCAAGCUGAGCCUGAUGCUGCUGGUCGUAACGGCGACGGGAGCCGUAAACAUCCACAGCUGGCGAGGGAUCUAUGAUCUCUAUGACUUUAUGCACUUUGCAUCAUACAGAACAUCCAUGGUACCAUCCAGGUAUCUGAUGACCACGAUGACCAUCGUGAUGAUGAUCAGCCUUUACCUCUUCGGCCGCCAUUUGGAGCGCCAAUCCCGAGAGUUGUUCAUGUGGAAGGUGGGCGUGCACGACCAGAAGGAGAAGGUACUGGAGAUGAGACGCUGGAAUGAAGCACUGGUCACCAACAUGUUGCCCGAGCAUGUGGCCAAGCACUUCCUGGGUACCAAAAAGAGAGAUGAGGAGCUGUACAGUCAAUCGUACGAAGAAGUGGGCGUGAUGUUUGCGUCCAUCCCCAACUUCUCAGAUUUCUACACAGAAGAAAGCAUCAACAACGGAGGCAUCGAGUGCCUCCGGAUCCUCAACGAGAUCAUCUCUGACUUUGACAGUUUGCUUGACAGGGACGAGUUCCGCAACAUCACCAAGAUCAAGACAAUAGGAAGCACCUACAUGGCAGCGUCAGGACUCACCCCGAAAAGCAGCUUAAAUGGACAUGGCGGACAUCACAAGCUGGAGGAGCAGACGCUUCUUGAGCACUGGCAGCACCUCGCCGAUCUGGCAGACUUCGCUUUGGCCAUGAUAGUCACCCUGAACAGCCUCAACAAGCAGUCCUUCAAUAACUUCAUGCUACGAAUUGGACUCAAUAAAGGUGCCGUUCUGGCCGGCGUGAUUGGAGCUCGUAAACCUCACUAUGACAUCUGGGGGAACACAGUCAAUGUGGCCAGCAGGAUGGAGUCCACCGGAGUCAUGGGAAACAUUCAGGUGGUGGAGGACUGCUUUGACAUCCUGAAGUUCUACGGCUUCCGCUUUGUGCGAAGGGGACCCAUUCUUGUCAAAGGUAAAGGCGAGCUGCUCACCUACUUCAUGAAGGGGAAAGAAAAAAACACAAGCGAUGUUCAUCAACAAACGACUAUUCCUCAUCAAGCGGUGCACGUGUUCUGACCAAACUCCAUGGUACCAUUUCACUACACCUGCAGUUUAUUCUUCUAUUGGUAUUGCUCAUAUGCUCUGUAGCAAUGCUAAUUACAUGUAGACCAACAUAAAAAUAAAAAUUACCCCACCCGUACGGUAAAAUGCUGGCACUAGGUUGAUAAAGGCUUUGGCUGUCAUUCAUACUUUUCAUUCAAUUAUGUAUUUGUACUUUUCAUUAAACAAGCUUGCACUAUAA